CAAGAAACACCGGUGAUGGGUCAUCGUCAUCAUCAUCGCCACCACCAUCACCCGGUCCGCCAUGAUCAGCUGUCCGACCGCCGCGUCACCGCACCUUCCCCCCACCAAGCCACACCCUGCCGAUGGCUCAUCAUCGGGCUCAUCUCGCUGCUGGCAAGCUCCGGCCACGGUCUCGAACAGGAGCCUCAAGCGGACCAACAACAGCCGCCCACGUCCCAGCAGCAGGCCACCUCGACCGCCAGCCCAACGCUGCCACCAUGCGAGCAGCGCGCUCUCGACGAACUCCCACCCGAUCCGUUCUACGACGUUUCGGACAUAACGAUCGGGGCCGCGAAAUCCUUCGCCGAUUUCCUUGGCGCACGCAAAAUCGACGGCACGGCCCGGAAUGACCGCAAAUUCGCGCUUGCCCGUGAAAAAGCGAACGAGCUAGCGAGCAGCGUCCUAAAGCAGGACGAUGGGCUACUGCUGGCGGUUGGCAUCGCUUCGCCCCAGCUGCCAUUGGCCGUGGUGCAGUUCCGCAAUCAGAUCGACGCCACUCACGCUAACCUGUCCGAGAGCAAGAACUUCCUGUCGACGUACUGGCGCGAGCUGGGCGUCGCCUGGAACCAAUCCAACGGUUCCCAGUUUUGGGGUGUUCCGUUCCGUGAUUGCGGACCGCUCUAUGGCCGUUGGCUGUGGCCGUACAGCGUCACCAUCGAAUCGCAAGGUUACAAAAUCGUCGCAUCGGCGUUCAUAGCAGCGGACGUGGACCAGUGCAAUGACGCACUGGAGGCAAUUUUUGGCCGACGGCACGUGUGCGAUCGCGAGUCCACCUUUUGCCUGCUGUCGGAGCUGGACGCGUCGAAGCCCCGGGGCAAGUAUACCUGCGUCUGCCGGCCCAACUACUACAUUCCCAACGAGUCGAUACAGGGCUUCUCGUCCGAGAUAAACGAUGGCAACAUUACAAACUUUAGCUGCAUUCCGUGCCCGAGUGCAUGCGAGUGUGAUUCGGCCGGGAGCUGCAGCAGUCCGGACGAGGACUUCAGCACCGAAACCCUCAUGAAGGCGACGAUCGGUACUAUCUUAGGAGCUUGCAUGCUUUGUUGUUUAGUGUUAGCGUUAAUUGUGUUCCGUCAGCGGAAGUGCAAGACCAUUGCCACCGGGAUGUGGACCAUUUUAGAGACAAUUUUAUUCGGCAUUUUACUACUAUAUUUAGCGGUUGCGCUACACUUCCUGCAGGCGUCAACCUUGCGGUGCCUGCUGGAACCGUGGUGCCGCGAGUUGGGCUUCAUCAUCUGCUACGGUGCGAUCGUGCUGAAGCUGUACCGGCACCUGGUGGAGUUCCGCACCCGUAAAGCUCAUCGAUGGGUUGUGAGAGAUCUCGAUCUGCUGCGCUACCUGUGCGCCAUGAUCGUCGCGGUGCUGUGCUAUCUGGCCGCCUUCACCGCGACCAGUCUCGACUUUCUGCAGUACAGCGAGCUGGUGUGGCAGAUGGACCAACCGCAGUCGAUGGACGCCGAACAGGUCGCGUCCAACAUGUGCCGCCCACUGCGCUGGGACUACGUAACCGAGGCCGGUGAGCUGUUGAUCCUUGGUUUCGGGCUUCAACUCGCUAUCGCCAGUCGCAACGCCAACACGCAGUUUCGGGAACGCCAAUUUCUGGUCGCAUCGAUCCUGAUCGAGUUUCUCGUCUCGUCCACGUUCUACAUACUGCGCUUCUGGUACUUGGAGGAGUUCAAUCCGUCUACGCUGUUUUUGGCCCUGUUCGUGCGCUCGCAGCUAACCAACACCGUGACGCUGGGGUUGAUCUUUCUGCCCAAGCUCUGGUACCAGCACAAGCAGGUUCGUUCCCUUGCCCAUGACGUAUCAUUCCGCUUACCUGUGGAUGCUUUCAAGGGUGCACAUGAGAGUACACACCAUGGCGGGGCGCUCGGUACGUACGCCGGCAUCUGCAUGGGCGACCCGGAGGUCGGCGACGUCACGAUAUCGGAGAUGAGUCCGGAGGACAUCAGAGCCGAGCUGAAAAGACUGUACACACAACUAGAAUAUUUAAAAAAUAAAACCCUCCGCCAAGACAAUCCUCACAUAAGCAAGCGAAGAGGAGGCAGAAAGGUGGCCCAUCGAAGAUUCUCGCUGCAGAAAAAAGGAAGCCGAGAAAAGGCAUUGAGCGCCAAGCACCGCAACAAUCGGCCGGCGGUGAGCGAAGUCGAGGUAACGGAAGCUGAACCGUCCCGCACGCCCGAGGACAGCGUGUGCAGCGUCGAGGGCCCAACCGAUACCGGCACCGGAACCGGCGAGAUUUCCGGCAUCUCCAGCUCCAAAUAG